AAAUCUAUUGGUUGUGGUCUCGGCUCCACUAUCCAGUGCUUUGCUGAUCAGACUGCAGUUGUAUUUGGGGGAAGUUGGCAGCUGGCGGCUCACGGCGUAAGGCUUUCCUCUCUCUCCGGCGCUUGGACAGUGGAAUUAUGAGCAGAGCUGACCCAGCCUCUAUCACCCUGUCUUGAAUCCGUUUCUGUUUCACACCGAGAGAAAUUGAACCGACCAUGGACAUUGGAGUCCGCAUCCUCUUGGCUUUCCUCGUCCCUCAGGUUGCCCAUGUGGGUGGUCAAGAGGAUGGAGGCCAUGAGGGCUGUGUACCUGGCUUCCAGGUCAAACACUACCAAGUGGUGUACAGUGGACCUUUCCAGAAAGGUCAGGCGCUUCUACAAGUCGAGUUUGAUGACUGUGCGGGGAAUGAGGACGUGAAGUUUGAGGUGUCGGACCCCAGCUUUCACGUGGACGGAGAUCUGAAUCUGGCUCCUCAGCGAGAUGUCCAGUAUACCAGUCCAGUCAUGUUCAUCCACGGGCUCAGCGCACAUGCAGAUGACAUGGCACAGGUGGAAGUCAGUGGACUGCCAAUUCAGUCGCCGCACAAUCUCAGGGAUAUCCUGGGUCUUGGCCAGACGCUGCCAUACAGAUCUAAGAGAUCCCUGCUGGUCCCUCCUAUGAUCAUAACUGAGAACCAGAGAGCUCCCUUCCCCAGGAUCAUUGGCAAGUCUCAUGUGAUUUCAACAGAGAAGUCAGGGAACCAUAUCUUCCGACUGACAGGCCCCGGUGCUGACCAGGAUCCCAAAGGUCUCUUCACCAUUGACAUAGACACAGGAGACGUGUCAGUCAGCCGCUCACUGGACCGAGAGGCCAUUGAAUCCUACCAGCUGGAAGUUUCAACCACAGACAUAGCUGGAAACGUUGUCGAGGGACCGGCCCAACUAGUGAUCACUGUCAUUGACCAAAAUGACAACCGGCCCAUCUUCAAAGAGACACGCUACACAGGAGAAGUGCUUGAGGGAUCCCCUACAGGAACCACAGUGAUGACAAUGAUGGCGUUCGACGCCGAUGACCCAGCUACGGAUAACGCAGCACUGCGCUACAACAUUGUCAGGCAGUCACCAAACAAUCCUGUCUUGAACAUGUUCUCCAUUGAUGCUGAAAGAGGCGACAUUGUCACCGCCAUUCCCCCUGCCUUGCUCGACAGAGAGACACUGCCAACCACAACAUACGAGCUAGAGAUUGUGGCCAAGGACAUGGCAGGAAGUGAGGUGGGCCUAACAGGAACAGCCACGGCUACCAUUACCAUCACAGACAAGAACGACCAUGCCCCUGAGUUCACACAUCCGCUGUUUGAGGCAUAUGUGAAUGAGGGCUCGACGGGUGUGGUGGUCAACCUGACAGUAGACGACAGAGACGACCCAGACACGGGAGCGGGGAGAGCUAUCUACUCUAUAAUUGACGGUGAUCCCACACAGAGCUUUGAGAUCCAGACCAACCCAGAUAAUAACGAGGGAAUGCUCUCUGUUGUCAAGCCUCUGGACUAUGAGGCCAUGUCACUCCACACACUAUUCAUCAAAGUAGAGAACGAGGAUCCUCUGGUUCCUGAUGUUGGCUAUGGCCCCAGCUCUACAGCCACUGUCCACGUCAAAAUCCUCGACAUCAACGAGGGCCCUGUCUUCUUUCCCGACCCACUGAAAGUCACCCGGAUGGAAAACAUUCCUUUGGGCAGCUUCGUGGCCUCACUCAAUGCUACGGAUCCAGACAUCAAACAGACACAGAGCAUCAGGUAUGCUGUUCUGCAAGACCCAGCAGGCUGGCUGAGUGUGAACCCAGUCAGAGGAACUGUCAACACGUCGGCCUCUUUGGACCGCGAGUCUCCUUAUGUCCAUGACAAUAAAUACACAGCUGUCUUCAUCGCCACAGACAACGGCAACCCACUAGCCACAGGUACCGGCACACUGGUCAUUUACCUGGAAGACUACAAUGACAAUGCCCCCUAUGUGGUACCAUCAGUAGCACAAGUGUGCGAAGACGCCCAUGACAUGAAUGUGGCUAUAGUUGGGGGACGGGACAAGGACCUGCCACCCAACUCUGCACCAUUUAAGAUAGAACUGGGAAAACAGCCAGGCCUUGAUAAAACAUGGCAGGUUACCAGAGUCAACUCCACACACUCCCAAAUCAUGCUUUUGCACAGUCUGAAGAAAGCCAACUACCAGCUCCCGUUGCUCAUCACUGACUCAGGGGUGCCGCCUUUGUCCAACAGCACAGAGGUCAAAGUUCAAGUGUGCAUCUGUAAGAAGAACAAGAAGAUGGACUGCAGCUCUGCGCACUCCCACCGCGCCAGCCUUCUCGUGCUGCUCGCGACACUCCUGCUCGCCCUACUCUCUCCUCCCAGCGAGGAUGUGAGAGAGAGAUGAGAGGAAGAGAGGAAGAGAAACGAGGACGGCGGAGCCAAGGCUGCCAAAUGAAAAAUCCUUGGGUCCAUAGCCAGUCCUUAGACGUUACUGCUUUACCACCUGUCAAAUCAACUGCUACAAAUGUCCAUAGAACCCCUUAUUUAAGAACAAUUUCAAACCUUUACACUGUUCAUUUAGGUAUGUAAAAUGUAGAAUAGUGUUUAGUAGUAUUAUUACUGUUGCUGAUUGUAAUGAUGAUAUAAUAUUUCUUUAAAAUCUUCUAAUUUAUGUAUGGAUCAGUGUUAUUUGUUAUGAUGACUUUGUUUUUUUUACUGCAUUAUUGUUAUUUACACAAUAAUACACCACAUACAAAUGUGUGUAUGUCAAUUGUAUUGUAAAAUAAAAACAAACAAAAUGAUGCCACAACACUUUAAAUAAAAUUGUGUGUUAGAUUUAUGCAUGAAGGCGAAUCUCACCAUGCAACUGUGUUCUAUUAUAUUAUCUGUAGAUCCCUGUACACACACUACAAAGAACAUGCUGUGAGAAUAAACUGUGUGAAUAAAGAAUCACUGGAUUUUG